AUGAGCAAGACCUCCCAGACCCAGGAACCCCUCUCCGAGCUGGAGAAGGCCAUGGAUGUCAUCAUUGAUGUCUUCCACCAGUACUCAAGACGGGAGGGGGACAGAGACACCCUGACCAAGAGGGAGCUGAAGCUCCUAAUUGAGAAGCAGCUUGUGAACUACCUGAGGCACGUGAAGAACAAGGCCACCAUCGACGAAAUCAUGAAGGACCUCGAUAUCAACAAGGAUGCGCAGAUCAGCUUCUGCGAGGUGAUGUUGCUGAUCACCCGUGUCACCAUUGCCACCCACGAGCACCUCCACGACGUCGAGGACCACCAGCAGCAGCACAAACACCAGCACCAACACCACCACUGA